AUGUCAGAAGCUGCAGCGCUAACCUCGACACUCCACGAGUCGAAAGAACGAAUAUCAGCUCUGGAAGAACAGGUGGCUCGCCUUCAACAAGAAGCGGCUGAAGUGCCAAAGAUACGAUCCCUGCUUGAUGCAGCAGAGAAACGCUUGCUUAAAGACAACCAAGCAGAGGUAGAGUUGUCAAAGAUCCGGCAGACGUUGCACGAGGAGAACCAGGCAAUGCGAUUUUGA